AUGGCGACGAACGGCGUGAGUGGAAGACUGCACGACUGCUAUGCCUCGACAGAUCCACGAACCAACAAGGACCUAGUCAAGACGCUCAGCGACAAGAAUGUUCUCAUGCUGGAGGCGAAUGAAGUCGAAGAAGUCGCGAAGCUGUGUAAAGGCACUGACGGAAGAAUUGGUACUAAGACACGCGCCCUGGAUGUUCGCGAUGCUGUCGCAGUGAAGGACUUCGUACAUGAGGUCGUUAGUGACUUCGGUGGCAUCGACGUGCUCAUAUUCAAUGCCGCGAGGCCUCCUCAAUGGCUCCCUUUGUCCGAAGGAAGCCCUGAAUUGUGGUGGGAAAGUGUCGAGAUCGGCAUCCGCGGCUCCUACAAUUUCAGUCGAUACGUGCUCCCUGUGAUGCAGAAGCAGAAAUCCGGAACGAUCAUUUUAGUCGGCAGUAUGGGUGCGCAUGGUAACGCUGGAUAUUCUUCCUACACCACAGCGAAGCUCGGGAUACUUCGCCUGGCAGAAAUAAUCCAUGCUGAGAAUUUCAAGGAAUAUAACAUCAAGGCAUUCUGCGAUGCGUCAGAAGGCAGGUUCGAGCCUGGCUCUUAUAUCAUUAGAGGCGCUGAAGGGGAGGAGAAAUCCGUUGCCAUCGCGAUGGAGCAUUUUGGGCACAUCACGGAAUGGGACAAACCCGAAAUGGGGGCGGGCAUGAUGACAGUCCUCUGCAGCGGUCGAUUAGACUUCCUCUCCGGCCGGUUCAUCGAUUCUGGACUGAAGGUGGAAACGUAUCUGCAACAGAAGCAGGAGAUUCUGGAGCAGGACUUAUUCCGUGUGAGGCUGAAUGCCGGAAGUGAUGGCUUGAUCCCGACAUUGAAGUACUAG